AUGCGCCCGCUACGGAAGUCCGAAAAGCAAUGGCUAUUCCCAGCCUGGACGCUGCAGCAAACGCCCUCGCAAGAGGCUGGGAUGACCUAUGAGCAGGAGCUGCAGAAGCGGGCCCUAACCAUCGACUAUAUCCGCAGCUUGGCGAUGCGCGUCGAGCUGCAUGCUGAGAUCGCGGACGAGCAUUAUCCCGAACUGAACGAGGCCAGCCGCGCCAAGGGCGUCUUGACUCUGGCAGCGACGAUGGUACACCGGUUCUACAUGCGUCGGGCUAUACAAGACUUUCCGCCCGAAAUCAUGGCAGCGACCAUCCUCUUUAUCGCCUCCAAGAUUGAGGAGGAGCCGCUCAAGCUGCGGCAUAUUGUCAAUGCCUGUCUGGCGAAAUUUGACAGAAAUCUCAGUCUACGAUGGGAGCCCACCGGAGAUCACGGACCACCUCCGUCAGCAGCUUAUCAGAGCUGGGAGAGGGACAUCCUCAUCGUUGAGGAGCUCACGCAUGAAGCGCUCUGCUUCGACAUGAUUGUGGAUCAACCGUGGCCGGUGCUAUACCGCGGGGUACAAGGGUUGGACGCGUUAUGGACGGAUCAGGGCGGACCGCCGUCGUAUCUCCUAGCUGGAGGACCCGAAGAUGAGGCGAUGAAGGCGGAGCCAGUAGAGGACGCCGAAGAAGGAGAAGUAGAAGAGAAGAAGCCAGAGGCCGACCUGAAGAAAGGAAGAGUCACCGAGUCGAGGAUACUGACUCUUGGCUGGGCUAUCCUGCAUACCCUCUACAUGUUCCCUCUACCUAUCUUGUACCAUCCCAACAUCAUCGCAUUCGCUUGCUUCCGCAUAACGAUGAAGCUGCUUCUACCGGACGACGAAACGAUGCCUUCAUGUCUAGACGUUUUGGCCGACCGGUUCGGCCUGGAAGCAACACCUUCAGCGAAGAAUGGGGACGAGGCCGGCGACAUGGAGCUUGUCGAAGCCUGCACCCAGCAUAUCCGCGAGUUCGCUGCAGUCGACCUUCAGAUCAAGGGAGAUCAGAUCCUGCGAGUAUUGUGGGAUUGGGUUGCCGAUGAUCCACACAAUCCGCCAAAUACACAGAAACGCUUCUUGUCCCCUCAGCCCUCUUCGCCUUUCAUCACGACCGACGAGAUCAAAAUUGAGCCGAAAGCCGAAUUCGCCUAG